UCCCCGGGCGGCCACCCCAGGCGCGGCAGCCCGCGAGGCUCGGCGGGGAGGAGCGCGUGGCCGGGUGGCGGGCGGCGCCCCCCGCUCCUCCCCGCGGGCCGGGCACACGUGGGCCCCGGGCGCCGCCUCCCUGCGCCGCCCGCCGCCAGCCGGGCCCCGCGUCCCCACCCACCUCGGGCCGCCCCCGCCGCCCAGCCGACCCGGGGAUAAAGUGGCGGCGUCCGAGCCGCGCCCGGUCCCGCGGAGCCGGCCACGCGCAGCACCUCCCGGCCCUGGCCCGCCGCAGCCGAGGAUCCGCGGCGCUCGGGGAAGGCGACAGCGGCGGUCGUGGCCCUGGGCUUGAAGACCCUUCCAUAAUGCCAGAGGAAAGUUCCCCCAGGAGGACCCCACAGAGUGUUCCCUACCAGGACCUCCCUCACCUGAUCAAUGCUGACGGACAGUACCUUUUCUGCAGGUACUGGAAACCCACUGGCACACCCAGGGCCCUUGUCUUUGUGUCCCAUGGAGCUGGGGAGCACUGUGGCCGCUAUGAGGAGCUGGCUCAGAUGCUGGUCAGGCUGGACCUGCUGGUGUUCGCCCACGACCACGUGGGCCACGGACAGAGCGAAGGGGAGCGCAUGGUGGUGUCCGACUUCCACGUUUUUAUCAGGGAUGUGCUGCAGCACGUGGACGUCAUGCAGAAGGACCACCCCGGGCUUCCUGUCUUCCUUCUGGGCCACUCCAUGGGAGGGGCUAUCGCCAUCCUCACGGCUGCUGAGAGGCCGGGCCACUUCUCCGGCAUGGUACUGAUUUCGCCUCUGGUCCUUGCCAAUCCUGAGUCUGCAACAACUUUCAAGGUCCUUGCUGCAAAAGUGCUCAACCUUGUCCUGCCAAACCUGUCCCUGGGGCCCAUCGACUCCAGCGUGCUCUCUCGAAAUAAGACAGAGGUCGACAUUUAUAACUCGGACCCCCUCAUCUGUCGGGCAGGCCUGAAAGUAUGUUUUGGGAUCCAGCUGCUCAACGCCGUCUCUCGGGUGGAGCGCGCCCUCCCCAAGCUGACCCUGCCCUUUCUGCUGCUCCAGGGCUCUGCCGACCGCCUGUGUGACAGCAAAGGGGCCUAUCUGCUCAUGGAGUCAGCCAAGAGCCAGGACAAGACACUCAAGAUUUAUGAAGGUGCCUACCAUGUUCUUCACAAAGAGCUUCCUGAAGUAACCAACUCCGUCUUCCAUGAAAUAAACAUGUGGGUCUCUCAAAGGACAGCCGCGGCAGGAACCCUGCGGGGGCCCUGAGCUCACUGGCCGGGUGCCUGGCUCACGGUCUGGGGGAAGCAGCCAGAGGAAAGGCAGAGAUAAAUUCUCAGAUGUGGCUUGCAAAAAAAAAAAAAAGAAAGAAAAAUCACAAAUUGGAGGAAUCCCUAGCACAGUUUACUGAAAAAACAACAACAACAACAAGUAAAUAAAAAGACAUUUCUUUCAUAUAUUAGGUUUUCAGCCACUGGCUCUACCUUAAGGGGUAGACAUUUUAUGCAAAUAAGAAGAGAAAGGUUACUGGCAAUUUUCCACAGAAGGAAUACGCCGAAAUGUCCUUUCUACAGAAAGCCAAGCCAAGCCUCUGCUUGCCUCCCCAGCUCCCACAGGGUUCCCAGGAAUUCCUAGUGUUCCCAGGACACCAGCCUGCAAUAAUUAAAGGAGCCUCUUCACACACUUAAAGGAGGCUCUCCUCCCGCCCACUCCUUCAUGCUGCCCCAGGGACCCUCUCUGACCCUCCUGGGCUUGUGGCCUUCCUCUGGCCAUGUGCUGGUGUCUCCAGAGAGGUCAGCUCCCCUGAGCAGACUCAGAUGUCCCUCUGAGGCCCAGAAAAUGUCCAGCACUUCCUCAAAAUGGGCAGCCAUCCAUGACCCCAAGGCUCCUUGUCAGCCUAAGUCCAGGCUUUGUGGAGGGGGAGUGUGGCUUAGCCCAGAAAGAGCUAAACAGGACAUGCGGCUGAGGCCUCUUCUCUCCCUUGAGCUCUCCAUCCUUCUGGGAGUCUGUGGUAGCCCACUGAGAGCUGUAAGUGUGAAGAGGCUGCUUUUCCUUCAGUAACUAAUUUCAUGCAAUGCUAUGAGAGGAGAAUUGUACUGAAGAUGAGAUGUCUAAUAUAUAAUGUAUAUUCUAAAGCAGAGACUAUUUUUGGGGUGUAGGUGGGUGGGAGCAGGGGAUCCUGAAGGAUUCCAGUGACUGCACAGGGAUGGACUGGGACAGCCGGUGAAGCGGAGGGCCUGUGCUCCAGGAGCUAAGUUGGGAGUCUCUGAGAGGGGACUAGCCUGGGCCUUUCCUACUCCUGGGAGACAUGGAGCAGUGGCAGCCCCAGGGACUGCCCAUGGCCCAGACCGCUUUGGGUGUCUUGGUGCUGGCAGCACAGCUCCCUCUGGUGACAGGAGAAAGAGGCCCAACGCAGUAGCAGUCCAGGCCUCCCAGCCCGGGACUACACAAACACUGCAACCCAGAGCAAGCGCUGGAGGUGCCCCAGCCCCGCCCUAGGCCACGGCAGGACCAGCAGGGCCAGGCCUCACCCAGGGCCAUGCUGGCAUCAACCAACCAUUCCCAGCCAAGGCCCCAAGCUUGAGCUGCCCUUCUCAGGUGCCAACCACGCUGGCCCCGCCCUUGGCCUCAUUUGGCACCAGCAAUAAAUGGGGGGUCACCGCCCGCAUUGGGAAUACUUUCACCUUCAAAAUGGGACUUGCUGUUACCUCAGGAGGCUCUGUAGUGCAGAUGUGACCCUGGGUUGGGGGUGUUUCCACCACCAUUGAAGCCCUGAUGGGAGUACAGUCCAGGGGCUCAGGACCUCUGACGUGACGUCUGGGAGUCAGGGCCUUUCACCCUUCCCCUAGCAGCGGGAACUGUGCCCUCUCUAGUAAUCUUCUCCAGGCUGAUUCUGGGUCCCUGACAAGGGGAUUCCCCUGACCACACCCCCAGCCAGCCUGACCUCAUGGUGGAAGUCCAGUGCUGGCCACCCUGCUAAAGGUCACUCUGCCUCGGGGACUGCGGCCUGGCAUCCUCUUCACCCUGCUCUUCAGGAGGGGCCAAGCCUGCAGCCCAUGUGGGGUGGGCUGAGGCCUGGGUCCUCACAGACAGCACUUCCUACAGCUCCGUCUUCUUUUUCUGGCUUUUCUUUUAGGAGAAAAAUGUAAAAAACUUACUGACAGAGGCUUGCCCAGCCUAUGAGCCCAGCCUGUCCAGUGAGCUGGAGCAGCAGGGGGCAGCUCUGGGAGUGCUUAAAGCUGAGACCCCACCUCAACCCCAGGAGAAGCCCCAGGGCUCAGGGUCGUUAAUUCUCACCAGGAGCUGCUGGAGUGCAGGUCACGCAAAGUCCCCACACUUCCCGCCCCUGCCACUUCCCCAAGAAGCAUGUGAUGGCAGUGCCAUGUCCCAAAUUAAAUACCAGGCACAUGGUCUGACCAAGGACUCCUUGUGCUGCAUGAAUUUAUUUAUGUGUAAGCUCCUACAGAGACAUAAGACACAGAUUCAGUAGCAUUUACAUGCCUGGUUAAAGAAGCACUAAUAUUAAAAAUAAAAAAAAAAUAUUAUCUGAAAUUGGGACUGGAAGACGGGACAGGGAAUGUUAACACACCAUCUCCACCUGCUGAAUCAGGAGCCAGGGCAGGAUCCUGCAGGUGAGCUGGAUUGGACGCUCCCUUGGGACCACUCCUGAGCCCCCAACCUCAGGAAGCUGCAGGAGCCUUGAGCUGAGCCCCUUCUCAGCAUCAGCUUUGUCCUCACAUACCGAGCUUCAGAGUCACACCAUCACAGGAGAUAGAGUAACCUGGGUUUGUAAGGGAUGCCAGGUCACACUCAGCUGGGCCUCAAGAAGAUGAGAGAAUGGCAGAGGCCAGGAGGCAGCCUGGAGCCACAGCUGACCCAGGCCCCAACUUGGACACAAGGCCCAAGCACAGACAUGGUACCCAGUACCUUCCCAUGACUCAGAAGAGAGGCUUUUCUGUACAGAAAUGGGUUUCAUGCCUGAAAAUCUUCUCAGAAAAAGAUACUGCCCACAGCUAGCGGGGACCGCAGCACCUCUCCAGAGGUGGGGGGUAGGCAAGUAGCCCCCUCCCUCCCAGCCGCAGCCCCACCUACCCUCAGCCUUGGGCUGGUGCCAGAGUCAGCCUGUGAGCCCUGGCAGGUGCUCUGGAAGCCGAAGGGCCCUCACGGACUCCCACUCCCAGGCCCUGGGGCUUUUGGCUCACACUUGUCUUUUCUUUCUCUCACUGAUCUUAACAUAAACCUCAUGAUGAUUUUCCAAGCAACUCACUGGCUUGUUACCGUCACUGCAGCCCAGCCCCAUCCCCUCCUGUGUGCUGUGGGUGGGAACAUGUAUACCAGUUUAGAACUGUAAAUGAACCCAUGUACACUACGGCUAAUCCUAAUUAAUCCUAAUAAAGCAGAAGUUUUCCGAA